AUGUCUUCCUCUCCUGAUGUGAAGCUCCGGGAACAUGUGGACCUGGUCUACAUCUCCAUAGAGACGGCCAUCGCCGUGGCUUCCGUGCUGGGGAAUGUUCUGGUGGUGCUGGUGGUCUGUGCCAACCGGGCUCUUCGGAACACUACCUUCUGCUUCAUUGUGUCUUUGGCAGUGGCAGACAUUGCUGUGGGCGUGCUGGUCAUCCCUCUGGCCAUCAUCAUCAGUUUGGGAUUGAGCACCCACUUCUACACGUGUCUCUUCCUGUCCUGCCUGCUGCUCAUCAUCACCCAGAGCUCCAUCCUCUCCCUGCUGGCCAUUGCCAUCGACCGAUAUCUGCGUGUCAAGAUUCCCACCAAAUACAGCACCAUCGUCACUCAGAGGAGAGCCUAUGUCGCCGUUCUCCUGUGCUGGAUCCUGUCCUUCCUGACUGGAUUGGUCCCAAUGGUUGGUUGGAAUAACCAUGAUGCUGUGGGAAACCUCAGCCAUUCUGACAUCAUUGUAUGUGAAUUUACCACCGUCAUGAGAAUGGAUUACAUGGUUUACUUUAAUUUCUUCGGCUGGGUCGUAGUCCCGCUCACUGUGAUGAUCGCCCUUUACGGGGAGAUCUUCCGGGUCAUCCGGAAUCAGCUCAACAAGCGAGCUGAAGCCACCAGUGAUGGGGACAGGUACUACCGGAAAGAGUUGAAGCUGGCCAAGUCGCUGGCGUUGGUGAUGUGCCUGUUUGCUCUAUGUUGGCUGCCGAUUCACGCCAUGAACUGUGUCGCCUUUUUCUGCAAGGACUGCUCCAUCCCCAAAUUUGCCAUGUACACGGGCAUCUUCAUGUCCCACGCAAACUCAGCGAUCAAUCCAAUAGUUUAUGCCUUCCGGAUAAAGCGGUUUCGUUGCACGCUGAUCCAGAUCACUCAACGUUUCGUGCUGUGUAAGGCCACAGAGCCGUCGGCGUACCCCACCAGCACACCGGCGCCGACGGAGAAAGUGAAUGUCAAGUUACAGCUUCAGCAUGCAAACGGAGUGAAAUAA